GAUAUGGUGAUCAGGAAAUUCUGCGAGCUAUUUCAGAAAUCCAUUACGCAAGAAUUUAAUCUUGUUACUUUUCGCGUAUUAACUUCAUUAGUGCAAGUUGAAGGAGUAAGAGAGCAAAAAAUGACCGAACUUCAAACCCUUUUUAAAGAACAUUGCGUUGUUCCUGAUGUGAUAAAUAUAUCCCCUUCAGAAUUGUUGACCAUAAAAUAUCCGAGUGGUUCUGUCGUAACAACGGGUAAAGAGUUGACCCCUACUCAAGUUAAAGAUCAACCAGUUGUCCAAUGGGCUGCUAAAGAGGACGAAUAUUAUACGCUAGCAAUGGUUGAUCCUGAUGCCCCAAGCCGUGAAGAACCAAAGUUUCGUGAAUGGCAUCACUGGCUGGUAGGAAAUAUUCUUGGCGGACAUAUUGGGAAAGGCGAGAUAUUGUCUGAAUAUAUUGGAUCCGGACCCCCUAAAGGAACAGGCUUACACCGCUAUGUAUUUUUGGUAUACAAGCAGCCUGAAAAAUGUGAUUUCUCUAAAAUAACAAAGCUCCGUAAUAAUUCAGGCGAAAAAAGAGGAAAAUUUUCUAUUGCAAAAUUUGCGACGCAAUUCAAAUUUGGAAGCCCGAUUGCUGGCAACUUCUAUGUAGCCAAAUAUGAUGACUACGUGCCGAAAUUGUACGCUAAAUUGAAGGGCUAAUUUUAUUUAUGAACUUUUCAAAUUGUUACUAAAAACUAAAAACAACAUCGAAAUUGUAGAAGGUGCUUUAUGGUGGAACAUCCGAUUGUCUAUGGUAGCAAUCAAUAAUUUCCGCCUCCGCGUGACAUUUCCAUUUUUCGGCCGUCUGUCCGCCAUUACAUUUUGGGAGUUUGCGUAAAUUGGUCGUAGCUCUGCGAGCACGCAUUACCGCGCCGCGCGUUAUCAGUGACAGUUUAUUCGACUUCGUGCGUAGUAUCGCAGCGUUUUGUGAAACCAAGAGUAUAGACG